ACGUGAUUUGGCACCGAGCAGCUGUGAGCCCUCUCGGUCUCUCGCUCGGAGUCAGACAACGGGAGUCGCAGGCGCUGAAAACACGCAGUCUCGCACACGUUUAUCUGCUCGGUAAAACGCUACAUACAGGAGCGUUGUGUCCGCGAAACAGCAUGGGGGAUCGAGUGGCUUCACUGCUGCUGGCUUUUGUGGUGUCGGCUCUGGCUGCCGAGGUGCCCACAGAUGGUUCGACGGGCCUGCUGGCUGAGCCCCAAGUGGCCAUGUUCUGCGGUAAACUCAACAUGCACGUCAACGUGCAGACUGGCAAGUGGGAACCAGACCCCUCGGGUACCAAGAGGUGCGUCGGCACCAAGGAGGGCAUCCUGCAGUACUGCCAGGAGGUGUAUCCAGAGCUCCAGAUUACUAAUGUGGUGGAAGCCAACCAGCCUGUCAGCAUCCAGAACUGGUGCAAGAAGGGUCGCAAGCAGUGUCGCAGUCAUACGCACAUCGUAGUGCCCUACCGCUGCCUGGUGGGAGAAUUUGUGAGCGACGCUUUGCUGGUUCCUGACAAGUGUAAGUUCUUACAUCAGGAGCGUAUGGACCAGUGUGAGACCCACCUGCACUGGCAUACUGUGGCAAAAGAAUCCUGCACAGACCGCUCCAUGAAUCUCCAUGACUAUGGGAUGCUUCUGCCGUGUCGUAUCGACCGUUUCCGAGGGGUUGAGUUUGUCUGCUGCCCAACGGAGGCUGAGCGCGACACCGACAGCGCCGAGCUGGAUGGCGAUGAUGAUUCAGAUGUUUGGUGGGGUGGAGCAGAAACCGACUACUCAGACAAUAGUAUGGUGCGGGAACCAGAGCCAGCAGAGCAGCAAGAGGAAACCAAGCCAUCUGUGGUAGAGGAGGAGGCGGCGGUGGCAGUCGAGGAAGAUGAUGAGGAAGAGGACGUGCUGGAUAAUGACCAGGAUGGAGACGGGGAGGAGGACGAAGAGGGCUUGGAGGAAGAGGACGAGGAGGAGGAGGACGACGACGAGGACACACUCGAUGACAGCGAUGAUGAGCCUGCCACCAAUGUUGCCAUGACAACGACGACCACCACAACCACUGAGUCGGUUGAGGAAGUAGUCAGGGAUGUGUGCUGGGCCAGUGCAGAAACUGGUCCAUGCCGGGCCAUGCUGCCCCGCUGGUACUUUGACCGUCAGGAGGGCCGAUGUGUUCAAUUUAUCUACGGCGGAUGCGGAGGCAACAGGAAUAACUUUGAGUCCAAGGAAUAUUGCCUGUCUGUCUGCAGAAGCGUCAUCCCCACUGCCACUCCCGGCUCUCCUGAUGCUGUGGACCACUACUUGGAAACGCCUGCUGAUGAAAACGAGCAUGCCCAUUUCCAGAAGGCUAAAGAGAGCCUGGAAGCCAAGCACCGUGAAAGGAUGUCCCAGGUGAUGAGAGAGUGGGAAGAAGCUGAGAGGGAAGCUAAGAAUCUUCCACGUGCUGAUAAGAAGGUGGUCAUCCAGCGUUUCCAAGAGAAGGUAGAGACACUGGAACAGGAAGCAGCCAGUGAGCGACAGCAGCUAGUGGAGACCCACAUGGCCCGAGUAGAAGCUCUGCUCAAUGACCGCCGCCGCCUGGCUCUGGAGAGCUACCUAACAGCUCUGCAGCAAGACCCCCCCAGGCCUCGUCAUGUCUUCAGCCUUUUGAAGAAGUACGUGCGUGCUGAGCAAAAGGACAGACAACACACUCUUAAACACUUUGAACAUGUCCGUAUGGUGGACCCCAAGAAGGCAGCACAAAUCAGGCCUCAGGUGCUGACACACCUGCGUGUCAUUGAAGAGCGCAUGAACCAGUCAUUGGGACUUCUCUACAAGGUGCCCGGUGUGGCUGACGAUAUCCAGGACCAAGUCGAGCUUCUGCAGAGGGAGCAGGCUGAGAUGGCCCAACAACUGGCCAACCUGCAGACAGACGUGAGGGUGAGCUACGGCAAUGAUGCCCUCAUGCCCGACCAGGAGUUUGGAGAUGGCCAAACCGACCUGCUGACUCAGGAGGACACGUUGGGCCUGGGAGGAGUUGGCUUUGUCCAUCCUGAGAGCUUCAACCAGCCCAACACGGACAACCAAGUUGAACCAGUUGACUCCCGCCCCAGUCUGGAUAGAGGCGUCCCCACACGACCAGUGACAGGAAUGAAGAUGGAGGCUAUUCCUGAACUUCGAAUGGAGAAAGCAGACAGACAGAGUACCGAGUAUGAAGUUCAUCACCAGAAACUGGUCUUCUUUGCAGAGGAUGUAGGCUCCAACAAGGGCGCCAUCAUUGGCUUGAUGGUCGGCGGUGUUGUCAUAGCGACGGUUAUCGUCAUCACCUUGGUGAUGCUUAGGAAGAAGCAGUAUACGUCCAUCCACCAUGGAGUCAUUGAGGUGGACGCUGCCGUCACCCCGGAAGAGCGCCACCUGUCGAAGAUGCAGCAGAACGGCUAUGAGAAUCCAACCUACAAGUUCUUUGAACAGAUGCAGAACUGAGGGGAAUGUCAUCGACAUGCAAACACGCAUACACGCAACACAAACUAACAUCUCAUUCCACACAUCAAGCACCUUCCUUCCCCCGUCCCCCUCCCAGAGUAGGCUUGACAUCUCCAGAGCGCAGUGUGGCAUAAACCAACCAGCAACCGAGCAUACGGAGCAAGAGCAGUCGGGGUUUCUUUCAUUCAUGCUUGGGCGGACACUGUGGCAGAGCCAGUUUGCACCAUUUGUUUACUUUAUUGGAGCGAGACACCUUUUUGAUUAGAGAGCGUUUUUAUAUGUUGCUCCGUCUGGGCCUGCUGAUGUAUUGGAAUGGCCCCGCCCAGUGCCAAAAAACAAACCCCCCCAUGAAUGAAAGAAGCUUGCGCUCUCUUUACUGAUCCAGGACCCGGUGCGCUGUGUUUUUUUUUCUUGGCUUGUGACAAUUUUAGGAGCGUCACUCGGUUUCUGAUCAGUAGGGCUGUGGUUGCAUGGCUCCCUAUGCCUCAUGUUCACAAUUUUUAAUUGCAUUUUUUUUAACAUUUGAGAUUUAAGUUGAGCGGCACUUGUCAGAAAUGAAGCCCAGUUUUCUUCUGUUUUUGCACCACCGCUGCUCUCUCUACACUGGAGAAUAAUGAUCCCGCUCUCCAUUCCUCCAUCCUCUUUUCUUUUUGUGCAUUCUUAUGACAGCUGGGCUGCAUUAUGUCACACGAGGCUAUCUGGAGAUGAUAAUGAACACAUUGAUGGCGAUGCUAGUAAUUAUGUAUUCUGAAUGAGCUGUUUUUAUUUUAGAGUUUCUCUAUGGUUUCCAGUUUUGUUUUUCAAAAAAGAUUGAAAACACUAUAAAAAACAAUGUAAAGUCCUUUUUUUAAACUUGCGUGUAAUGUACUGAAGUAAUGCUGAAGUCGUAGUCGUUCCUAUGUAGUGCAUGACCACAGGAUUUUGAAAGAAGAAAAAAAACAAAAGAUCUUAACGCUGCUCUCUCGAAAACCCCUCUCACUUAGAUUGUCAUUUUAGCAAGAUUGUACAUUUAAUAUCUUCUCGUGAUCACGUGACUUCAACGAAUGAAAAAUAUAUCAAAUCUAGAUGAACGGGCUCUGCUUUGAUAUCUUUAAAUACACACUUCAAAAGAGAUCUGUGAUUUUUUUUUUAAAGUGUGUUAUUUUCUUUUUUUAGAACCAUUCUUUUUAGGCAGGCAGGGGCUGGCUUCAUUUGUACAUUUUCAUUUAAUAAAAUAUAUUGUGUUAAAGAUUAUGAUUAGGGGCUCAUUUUGUUUCCCAGAGUGUAAAGGGUAUCUUGUGUGGGCGAUGGUUGCAGGAAUCUAGAAAGGGAUGGAUUAGAAAUGUGUGUGUGUUUUGUCAUUUUCAGUCUGGUGUCCCCCCGCCCCUCCCGAGCUUUAAGCUAACAUUGUAUCCAAUUUUGGUUCUGCAAUUAUUUUCCUGUCCAUUGAUAGAACAGGUGGAGCUCUGAUAGAGGGAGUAGGAGAAGACGGAGAGCGUGGUAGAGAGGAAAUGACUUGCAGUUCUGGAUGGAUAGCCAGGCUGGCAGGCAGUCUGUAUUUAUAAUGGCUUUUACACCACCCAUCAACCAUCCAUCCAGCCCCCCUGCUCAUCCGCUCACCUCCCUCCAUCGCUUUUGUUUCUCUUCAGGCAUGCUGCUCACCUCUAUGCCACCCAUGCACAUUCUCCUCUCAGAGGAUGAGCACUGCUGUCUGUAAAUGCAUCAUUAGGAUGAGCUCUUGAGGGCGAGUAUCAAACAUUGAUUUCCAUAACUGGCAACAGUCACCUUGUAAGUAAAGUAGCCAGCUCUUUCUAAAGCAUUGUUGCAUAUCAACAUCACAAUGAAAGAAGCACAGCGUGACCUCUCGCUCUGUUAAACAUCUACAGUACAGUAUCUGUGAGUGUUCAAACAUUUGGCAGCAAGGUUUUGCCGAAGUGCUCACAAGAAGCCCAGCAGGUGGCAGUAGAGCAAUGGAAUCAGGGGUUUCUUUCUGUUGGUUGCAUUGGUUUUGUUGUCAAUUGUGUAAUAUUCUGCAGACCAUUUGCAUUGACUGGGAAACGCUUUCUACACUGUAUUCCAUAAUAAAGUUUUGAAUGUACCAAUAGA